AUGGCCGCGUACUGCGACGGCCUGGGCGCCUGCUCCGCCCCGCACGGCCAGGCCCGGGCCCCCGCGCACGCCCCGGGCCACGCGCCGGGCCAUCUGGGCGCGGCGGGCGGUGGCCCGCGCCUGUGGGUGGACGCGCCCGCGCUCAGCCCCGCGCCCUGCUCGCCGGUCCCCGCGCCCGCAGCGCCCUACGCGGCCCCCGGCUACGCGGCCCCCGGCCCGCUUCUCGGCGCCCCGGGCGGCCUGGCGGGCGCCGAGCUCGCGUGGCUGAGCCUGUCGGGCCAGCAGGAGCUGCUGAGGCUGGUGCGGCCGCCCUACUCGUACUCGGCGCUCAUCGCCAUGGCCAUCCAGAGCGCGCCGCUGCGGAGGCUGACGCUCAGCCAGAUCUACCAGUACGUGGCCGGCAGCUUCCCCUUCUACAAGCGCGGCAGGGCGGGCUGGCAGAACUCCAUCCGCCACAACCUGUCGCUCAACGACUGCUUCAAGAAGGUGCCCCGCGACGAGGACGACCCAGGUAAAGGCAGUUACUGGACCCUGGACCCCAACUGCGAGAAGAUGUUCGUCAACGGGAACUUCCGAAGGAAGAGGAAGAGGAGAGGAGAGGCCAACGCGGCCGCGUCCCCGGGAGCCAGGAGCCCGGGAGGGGUCCAGGCGCCGGCGCUGGAGGCCCCGGGCGCGGCGUCCCCGGACCCGCAGGCCUCGCCGUCCCCGCUGGCACCCGAGGCCGCUGCCUGCUUCUCCAGCUUCGCCUCGGCCAUGGGCGCCCUGACCGGCGGCGGCCUUGGCACUUUCCCCAGGGGCCGAGCGGGUGACUUUUCUUUCGGGACGGUCGCCACCCACGGUCCUCAGACCCCUGGCCCCGUGUCCAGCUUUGCCCUUGGCCACCCGACGGCGGCCACCGGCUUCCGCGUCAGUCACCUCGUCUACAGCCGGGGAGGAACCGAAGUUUGA